CGCCUUACUUUAAAAAAUCUCUAGGAACGACAAAGCACACUAGAGCGACCACUCACCGAAGUGGCCCUAAAGGCAAGCGACAGGAUUUAAGCUUCCUCUCGCGACUUAUCUGGUGCUGCCGGAAGCGGAACUCCUCGAGACUAAGCGCUCAGGAGCCCUUGUGGAGCUUCCGUCAGGGAACAUCUCGGCGGACCGUUUGACUGUUGCCGGAAAUCCUUCCGCCCGGUGCGCUUUCUGUGUGAGACCAAAGCAGGAGGGGAAGAGGCGUGACUCGAGAUUCGAGCGAUGUAGUAGUGCCUUGCAGCACCUCUCUGUGGCCCUUCUGCUGCACCGACGACGGAAGACUCAAGUCCACGCCGCUGCUGGAGUCUCUCGACUAACACCUCACCCCUUCCCUCAGGACUAAAAGGCAAACCGAGACCUAAAUGGGCUUGACUGCUUCCUGCAGCUCGCGUGACAGUCGCAGCCUUGGCAGGCUGGUAAGAUGACGACAACGGCCAAUAACUGAGUUCUUAUUUGUUGAGCCAAGUGGUUUUCAUAUCUAAUUCACUCCUUUCAACAAUUCCAUGAGGCAAAUCGGAUUAUUCUUCUCAUUUUACAAAGGUAAAAAGAUUGCUGUGUCAACUUACUGAAGCAAUAGUCUCACUAUCUUCAUCUUUUAAACUCCAUUAACAGUGAAGCAGUAAUAUCCAGGAACAAAAGAACAUAUGCCAACUACCUGUCAUCACAAUUUCAAGUGAUUGUAUAAGCAGAAACAAGCUGCAACAGACCUACGUGUCAGCUGGUAUCGAAAGAAUGCUUUUUUCUGAUACUGUUUAUUUAAAAGCAGUUUCACUAUAGCACAUUUAAAUUUUAUCUAUAGCAAAUGAAAUAAAAAUGAGUGAAGCUCCCAGAUUCUUUGUCGGGCCUGAAGAUACAGAAAUAAACCCUGGAAAUUAUCGACAUUUUUUCCACCAUACGGAAGAAGAUGAGGAGGAGGAAGAUGAGUCUCCACCAGAAAGGCAGAUUGUGGUUGGAAUAUGUUCCAUGGCAAAGAAAUCCAAAUCUAAACCAAUGAAAGAAAUUCUUGAACGGAUCUCCUUAUUUAAAUAUAUCACAGUCGUAGUAUUUGAAGAGGAAGUUAUUUUGAAUGAACCAGUGGAAAACUGGCCUUUAUGUGAUUGUCUUAUUUCUUUCCAUUCUAAAGGAUUUCCACUGGACAAAGCAGUUGCCUAUGCAAAACUCAGGAAUCCAUUUGUAAUCAAUGACUUGAAUAUGCAGUAUCUCAUACAAGAUAGGAGAGAAGUAUAUAGUAUUCUUCAAGCUGAAGGUAUUUUACUUCCCCGCUACGCAAUUUUGAACCGUGAUCCAAAUAAUCCCAAAGAAUGCAAUCUGAUUGAAGGAGAAGAUCAUGUAGAAGUAAAUGGGGAAGUUUUCCAAAAGCCAUUUGUAGAAAAACCAGUCAGUGCAGAAGAUCACAAUGUUUACAUUUAUUAUCCAACCUCUGCCGGUGGUGGAAGUCAAAGACUUUUUCGAAAGAUUGGUAGUAGAAGUAGCGUUUACUCUCCAGAAAGCAAUGUACGAAAAACGGGCUCAUAUAUAUAUGAAGAGUUUAUGCCCACAGAUGGUACUGAUGUUAAGGUUUAUACAGUGGGCCCAGAUUAUGCCCAUGCUGAAGCUCGAAAAUCUCCAGCACUCGAUGGCAAGGUGGAACGAGAUAGUGAAGGAAAAGAAGUAAGAUACCCUGUUAUUCUCAAUGCACGAGAGAAAUUAAUUGCUUGGAAAGUGUGCCUUGCAUUUAAGCAAACAGUUUGUGGCUUUGAUUUAUUACGAGCCAAUGGACAGUCCUAUGUCUGUGAUGUCAAUGGCUUCAGUUUUGUGAAAAAUUCCAUGAAGUAUUAUGAUGAUUGUGCAAAAAUACUUGGCAAUAUUGUAAUGCGAGAGCUUGCUCCACAAUUUCAUAUCCCCUGGUCAAUACCCUUAGAAGCUGAAGAUAUCCCAAUUGUACCAACUACAUCUGGAACUAUGAUGGAACUUAGAUGUGUCAUUGCUGUCAUACGUCAUGGAGAUCGAACACCAAAACAGAAAAUGAAAAUGGAAGUGAGGCAUCAAAAGUUUUUCGAUCUUUUUGAAAAGUGUGAUGGAUAUAAAUCUGGAAAAUUGAAACUCAAGAAGCCAAAACAAUUACAGGAGGUGCUAGAUAUUGCACGACAACUGCUGAUGGAACUGGGACAAAAUAAUGAUUCCGAAAUUGAAGAAAACAAGUCAAAACUUGAACAGCUCAAAACCGUGUUAGAGAUGUAUGGCCAUUUUUCUGGAAUAAAUCGUAAAGUUCAAUUAACUUAUCUCCCUCAUGGAUGUCCUAAAACAUCCAGUGAAGAGGAAGACAGCAGAAGAGAAGAACCUUCCUUACUUUUGGUUCUAAAAUGGGGAGGAGAACUAACCCCUGCUGGUAGGGUUCAAGCUGAAGAACUUGGAAGAGCUUUCAGGUGUAUGUAUCCUGGAGGUCAAGGAGAUUAUGCAGGAUUUCCUGGUUGUGGUUUACUUAGAUUACAUAGUACCUACCGUCAUGACCUCAAAAUAUAUGCCUCUGAUGAGGGACGAGUCCAGAUGACUGCAGCUGCUUUUGCAAAGGGGCUGUUAGCUCUAGAAGGAGAGCUUACUCCCAUUCUUGUUCAGAUGGUUAAGAGUGCAAAUAUGAACGGCCUUUUGGACAGUGAUAGUGACUCUUUAAGCAGUUGUCAGCAACGCGUAAAAGCAAGACUUCAUGAAAUACUUCAGAAAGACAGAGACUUUACUGCUGAGGAUUAUGAAAAGCUUACUCCCUCUGGAAGCAUUUCUCUUAUCAAAUCAAUGCAUUUAAUUAAAAAUCCUGUGAAGACCUGUGACAAAGUUUAUUCUUUGAUACAAAGUUUGACUUCUCAAAUCAGACAUCGAAUGGAAGAUCCCAAAUCAUCAGAUAUCCAACUUUAUCACAGUGAGACAUUAGAACUUAUGCUACGCAGAUGGUCCAAGCUGGAAAAAGACUUUAAAACCAAAAAUGGAAGAUAUGACAUAAGUAAAAUCCCUGAUAUAUAUGACUGUAUAAAAUAUGAUGUCCAGCAUAACGGUUCCCUGAAAUUAGAAAAUACAAUGGAAUUAUAUAGACUUUCAAAGGCAUUAGCAGAUAUUGUUAUCCCUCAGGAGUAUGGUAUAACUAAAGCUGAAAAACUGGAGAUUGCCAAAGGCUACUGCACUCCUCUAGUCAGAAAAAUUCGUUCAGAUCUUCAGAGGACACAAGAUGAUGACACCGUAAAUAAACUUCAUCCUGUGUAUUCCAGAGGUGUUUUGUCUCCUGAACGCCAUGUCCGUACCAGAUUAUAUUUCACUAGUGAAAGUCAUGUACAUUCUUUAUUAUCUAUUCUUCGCUAUGGUGCCUUAUGCAAUGAGUCAAAGGAUGAGCAGUGGAAACGAGCCAUGGAUUAUUUAAAUGUUGUCAAUGAACUCAACUACAUGACUCAGAUUGUUAUCAUGCUUUAUGAGGAUCCUAACAAGGAUCUUUCUUCAGAGGAGCGCUUUCAUGUUGAAUUACACUUUAGUCCAGGAGCCAAAGGAUGUGAAGAAGAUAAAAAUUUACCAUCUGGUUAUGGAUAUAGGCCAGCUUCAAGAGAGAAUGAAGGUAGGAGAUCUAAAUUUGAUAAUGAGGAUGAACCACAUACUUCUAAAAAAGAUGAGCCUGAUCGAGCUGUGAUACUGUUCAAACCUAUGGUAUCAGAGCCAAUUCAUAUACACAGGAAAUCUCCGCUUCCACGAUCUAGGAAGAUGGCUACAAAUGAAGAAGAGAGCCCCCUGAGUGUGUCUAGCCCAGAGGGUACUGGUACCUGGCUGCAUUAUACCAGUGGUGUGGGUACUGGGCGUCGAAGACGCAGAUCAGGGGAACAAAUCACUUCUUCCCCUGUCUCCCCCAAAUCAUUGGCUUUCACAUCCAGUAUUUUUGGCUCAUGGCAACAGGUUGUAUCUGAAAAUACUAAUUAUCUGCGAACACCAAGAACUCUUGUGGAACAGAAGCAGAACCCUACUCUAGGGUCUCACUGUGCGGGCCUGUUUAGCACCUCGGUGCUCGGGGGUUCUUCAAGCGCACCUAACCUACAGGAUUAUGCUCGUACUCAUCGUAAAAAGCUGACCUCUUCUGGCUGCAUAGAUGACGCCACACGCGGUUCUGCUGUUAAAAGGUUUUCUAUCUCAUUUGCUCGACACCCAACCAAUGGCUUUGAGUUGUAUUCCAUGGUGCCAUCUAUUUGUCCUCUAGAAACUCUUCACAAUGCCCUGUCUUUAAAGCAGGUGGAUGAAUUUCUUGCUUCCAUUGCUUCUCCAUCAAAUGAAGUUCCACGGAGGACUCCUGAAAUUGCCUCUGCAGCUUCCCGUACCAGUCCAGUAAUGAGAAGAAAAGUAUCUUUAAAUACAUACACACCUGCAAAGAUCCUCCCAACGCCACCAACUACCUUAAAGUGUGCUAAAACAAGCAGUAAACCAGCUACCAGUGGACCUUCCAGUGCAGUUGUUUCUAAUACCUCAUCUCGAAAAAAGGGUAUAACUAGCAAAACAGAAACGCAUGAUCACAAAAAACCUACUGGGAAAAAGAAAUGAAAUCCUCUUAGCAGAAGCAGAACUCCUUAUAUUUAAGAAAAUGUCAUGCUAAGUAGAAAGUACAUUUAUUUAUUAAGCCUUGACUGGAGACUGUCAAAGCAAGUAAUUUAUGUUUUUCCCUUUAUAUCUCUGUAUUCAUUUAAAAAUAUGUUAAAUCUGGAGAAUUCUUUGUAUGUAUUCAGAUAAGGAACUUUUGUUAUGAUCUGGAAAUGAUUAUUAGCAUUUUAUAAGUACCAAAACUUAUGGUGAUAAAGGUCUGUCGUUUUAAUAUGAUGUUUACCAUGUGCCUGUGUUUUCUGAAGAAAAGGAACAUGAAAGCCCAGAUAUCCUGAACUGGUGUCAUAGUGUAAAGCUAUUUAUUAAAGAAUCUUUAAGGUGACCUCUGUAUACUUUCAUUUUCAAAGGAUUUCAUCUUGGCUAUAAAAACCUGUAGCUUGGAUUAAAAUUUAUAGCUGGGAUUACAUACUGGGAACUUUUAAAAGGUAUAUUUCCCAAGAUAUUUCACUGACCAUUUAGAUUAGAAGCACCCCUGCCCCCAGUUGUUAUAAUUACAUAUAUGCUGCAAUAUUUAAUAACUGGAGUAUUAGCAUAUUAGCAUAUGGGUUUGUUUUUUUCAAUCUGUUCUUUGAAUUUUUUUAUUUUGUGUUAUUUAAAAUAUUACAUACAUAUACAGCUGGGAUACCUAUACCUUUAUGCAUAUAAAUUUGUAUGAAAUAAUUUCUUUAUCUGUUUCCUUACCAUAAGGUGCUUCUGCUCAUCAGGAAAAUUUUUGCUUAUAUUGGCAAGAAAGAUAUCUUUAGAGUUUCUUUUAAGAGCUAUGGUUGACAAGUUCAUAAAUGUUAUACUCAUUUUCUGAGUUCUUUUUAGAUCUAAGGAACUCAGUUCAAAAAUGGAAAUCAUCAAUGUGAGAAGAAUAUCUCAAUUCUAUAGUUAGUAGGUAUUAUGUGUCACACUGUUUUUACCAUUUCCAUUUCUGUCUCUAAGUGUAUCAGUUGAUCUCACCAAAAAAAGCUUAAAGAUUGAGCAUUUGAAAUAAAUGGACUUCUCAUAUGAUUAGAUUUUUGAAGAGAAUUGAUAUCAUUGUGUUGUGAUUUCAUCUUUGAUGUGGAAAAUAUUUAUUAUCCUUGGUGCUUUUUUUAACCCCUGAUGCACAAAUAAUUAUGCACUUGAAAUGACUUAAGCUAUAAAGCAGACUAUUCAACCUGUUAAGAAUUCCAUCCAUUGCCAGUCAGGUAAUUUAAAUUGCUAAAACUUAGCUUGAAGCUUACAUUUAGAAAAAUUAAUAAAUUCUCAUAUGAAUACAACUUUUAAAAUUCUUCAAGAGACUCUCCUGACCAUCAUAUAUGAACUGACUUUUAGAAGAUAAGCAUAUUACAUCUUAGUUAUAAAAGGUACCAGAUGCAACAGUCAUAAGUAUGUAUGUAUAAUUGUGUAAUUCGUAUACUUCUCAUGAAUGUAAGUAUAUUAUACAGUGACAUGUCUUGUAAACAGUUAAAUGUUCCUAAGCUUUCUGUAUGUGAAAAUGUGGUUAAUAUGUUCAUUGUGGGAGUAAGAAAGCUGCUUUUAUUUUUUAAGUGAAACUGAAUUAAAAUAUUUUAU